AAGCGAAGUCAGUCGCCUUCUUCUCCCCCAGCGAGGCGCCACAUCUAACAGUUUGGCACAGGAUUUCUGUAAGGCUCAGCAGGAAACUGGGAGCGCUGAAAGGUGACAUCAAAGCCGGGGGGGGCAACGAAGCCUGUAGUAAUUUGCCACCAAGAGCACCGGGAGAGGAGGCGUGUCCCCCGGCCCGCCACGCCCCCCGGCCCCACCAGCCAGCCAACGAGCCAACCAAUGGGGAAAGGGCGCUAGGACCGGGGGGGGGGGGGGGAAAGACCCCCUUGCAAGCGGCAAGCGGCUCUGCUGCAUUAUAAAUACUUCUCCAAAAUGCGGCGGAGCUCCUUUCUCCCUUCGCCACCGCCGCCUCCGCACCAUUAAAAAAAAAGCUGCGAUCGUAGAGCAGCCUCUUGGCAGGCAAGCUUCUCCCCCCCUUUUUUUCUCCCCCCUUUUCCUUUUCUCCCCCCCACCCCAUCCGACAUUUCCUAAGCCCCCCUUUCCCCCCCUCCUCGGCCGGUUUGCAUGCAUUGUCUGUCUCCCAAAAUGGUUUGUGAGACUAAGAUAGUGGCGGAAGACCAUGACUCGAUUUCAGGAGCCAAAAAGGAGAGCUUGCUGGUCUCCUCGUCCGCUCAGAUGUGGCCUUCCUCGCGGGCCGGAUCCGGAUCGCCCGCCGCGGGGCCGCAGCUGCAGCCGCAGCCUCCGCCGCCGAGCCCCGCGCCCGACGGCGAGGACCAGAAAAAGGGCGUCUGCAUCAGGGAGUUUCACCCUUCCGAGCAGGAAGCGGUGCGCCGCAUCUUCUACGAGGGCAUCAUGGAGAGGAUCCCCAACACCGCCUUCCGAGGGCUCAAAGACCAGCCCUGGACGCAGAUGGUCUACGGGACAAUGGCCGUAAUGUGCUUUGUUGUGACCAAGUCCUUGCUGCUGACCUGCUGUUUGCCCUUCUUUCUAAUGGGUAUGAGGUACUACUUCAGUAGAAAAGUUAUCCUCAGCUAUCUGGAGUGCGCACUGAAUACGGACAUGUCUGAUAUUGAGCAAUAUUACAUGAAAUCGCCAGGUUCCUGCUUCUGGGUGGCCGUGUUGAACGGCAACGUGGUGGGCAUCGUAGCCGCCAGGGGCAACGAAGAAGACAACACGGUGGAGCUGCGCCGCAUGUCCGUCGACUCCAAAUACCGCGGAAAAGGGAUCGCCAAAGCUCUGGGUCGGAAGGUGGUUGAGUUUGCCAUGGUCAAUAACUACUCGUCGAUUGUACUGGGAACCACGGCGGUCAAGGUGGCGGCUCACAAGUUGUACGAGUCUUUAGGAUUCAAGCAUGUGGGUGUCGCCGAAGACUACACACUGCCUGGGAUGACGCAUUCUAUUCUAGAGCGAAUGUUUUUCCAGCUACGCUUCCACCGCUACUGCCUGCAGCUGCGCGAAGAAUAAUAAUAAUAAUAAAACCCGCCCCGCGUUUUUCGUUCCUCCCCAAAAUCUUUUCUGCCUGUGUUUUGUGGGAGUUUUGCCAUUGUUUAUUUGCAGGUUGCCUUUUAUUUUGUUUUAUUUUUACCCCCCGUCCCAUCAUUUCAUUCCACCCCUCUUCAUUUGCUUUGUACAGAUGUACAAACAAAGGCUCCCUUCUUUUUCCCUGACAUGCUUGUAGAGUGACGGUGCUAAAUGCAGGAGGUUAUGGCGGACUGCUCUAAAGGCACCUACGUUUGCUCGGCAGCCUAAGAGUUUAGGACGGACCACCCUCUCCCCUCCUGCCCUCUCUCUGUCUUGCCCAGGUUACCUACAUAAGCACAGGAACUUUAACCGCAUAACAAUAUAGCUUGUCCGGUGUGUGUCGUAAAUAGAAUAUCCACGCCCCCCUGCCCCGCCCCCCGAAAUAUUAACAAAAGUAUAGUAAUACUUCAUGAUACAGCUAAGUGCAGAAAUUUUACUUGAAUGCAUUUCUCAGUAUUUCAUGGACAGGUAUGCAUUCGUUUUACCAUGACAUAUUGAUUAAUAAUACUGAAAGAAAAAUGUGAAAAAAAACCCUGCUUGCUAUAAUGCAUGAAAAGGAAGUUUUUGCAUGCAUACAAACACACAGCACUGCCAAGUAGGCUCUGAUCUUGCACUUUUUCGAUGUACCUCAUUCUGUCAACUGUCUGAAAGAAUCUCGGUGCAUCUGAUAACUAUGACUUGUUCUUUUAUCCUCAUUUCCUUCUUAAGCCAGCAAAAAGACUUGAAGUAUUUUGAACCCUGAGCCCAGUGUAAUAUAUGUAAAUUGUUGAAAUAUCAUCUGCGCUGAUGUAUAUAUAACCUGCAGUUCUGUGCCAGACAUCUGUAUAUGCAGUAGAAAUCCUUCUGGUUUAAUUUUAUAUUAUUAUUUUUUUGUCAUCAUGUAUAGCUUUGUUUAUUAUUCUUUGCUUCCUUUAUUCAAGCUCUAGCUUUUGCCGACUCGUUUCACAGAGGCAAAAUGGAGGCUUCUAUUUCUAUGGCAACACACCUGUAUGCUACUAUGUGCACCAAAAUCUAUGCUUCAGAAAAGCAAUAUGCAAAAGACAGAUAACUCAAAUGGCAAGUUUGGCUGAAAGCAGCAGGGGAAACAAAAAUGCUCCUUCAACCAACUGCUAGUGGCAUAAAUAUAGACAGCCUGCCGUCAAAAGUAACCGCUGCUUUUUAAAGAUGUCAGAUUUGUGAAUUGUACAGUGCAAUGCAAGCGGCAAUGCAACACAGAUUUGGCAUGUGUCUGUAGCGCCCGUCACACAAAAACAACAACAACCAAGGUUACAGCUUCUUCUAUAACUUACUUUAAUAAACAGCAACUUUGCAUGACGUAUAUCUCGAGGGAAAUCAGAAUGUUUUAAACUUUAAAAUGUGAUCUAUCAGAACUGAUAAGUACAUUUCUGGUUGCACUGAGUUUGGGUGGGUCAGAAGAGUCUGCUUUUUAAAGGGAAACCCCAUUUAAUGUAUUUCCUCGUUUUGUUUUUAAACCGCCUCGAUAGAAAUUAGGUAAAAUGUUUGAGGGUACCGUUUCAAAGAUGUGAUAAGGGAAGAACUCAAAGGAGGAAGUGAUUCUUUCUAGAACCAGAAAUGCUCAAGGGCAAAAAUUAGGUCUCUGUCCAUUGACGCAAAGACGGGAUGUUUUCUGUGUAUGCAGAAAAAAUUGUAGGGUCAAGAUGAGGAUAACUGUUGCCCUCCAACCAACACAGAGAAGGCAGUUUCUACUUUCUCCUUAUCCAAGAGAGAGUGUAUUUCAUGGAAGACAAAUGUCACUGAUAGGUCUCUACCAGACGACCUUUUUAUUGAUUUGUUUGCAUAAGUUUGCAGGGAGGUUAGACGAUGUUGGUGAUUUCACGGAGCAUUCAUUCUCAUUUGUUUGUGGGGAAGUUGUACAAGAUUGCAUCAGGCAGUUGGUUAUUCCACACUGAAUUUCCCCAUCACUUUCCUUACUGCAAAAAGGUCCAAUCUGAGGGGAGGGGAGUUUAUUGUGCAAGAUCGCCAAAUCAACUUUAAUUGCACAACCCGAAUUUGCAGGUAUAUGAUUGAAUCUCGCCCCCAAAAUAGUGACAGCCUGGAAGCACCCAUGGUUCUAUUCCUAGCACAGAAGAAGAGGAGCCAUUACAACCUCCAUGCACACGAUAAGAUCUCAGCCAAAUAAAGUGGUAAGAAUAAUUCACAAAAGCCAAAAUAUUUUUAUUUUUAUUUUUAACUACUUAAUGCCUUGUCAGUGUUGGUAUUCUUCCUGCCUCAGACAUUGCUAUACCUAAGAAUGGCAGCAUCCAACUAUGUCCCAGCAAUAAAAACAAAUUGAUUAGUAAUAUAGAUUAAAUUUGAUUUACAGAAUGUACUUCUUGGAACUGAGUGUGUGUGGACACGGAAUGUAUUUUUUAAAAAUUUCUAUGCUGUACAUUUCUCCUGAAGCUAAAAUGUGUAUCGUGGGAAGGUGUAGAAUAGAGGUGUAAAGUGUACAGAAAUUGGUAUAAUAUUUUCUAGCUGUUUUCAGUGAUUUCAUUAAACUGCAUAACACAGAAUAAUAUAAAGUAUUAGGAAAAAAGUGAAAGAAAAUGACUGCUUGUGCCUUUUAAUCUUCUCCCCCCCCCCCCGCAUGUGUUGUCACUACGCUAAAUGAUUUCUGGAGAAUUAAAUCAUGCUUUAUAGCCCAA